AUCUGCAAACGAUACAACAGCCAGGGCAACAAACACAAUUCACAUCCAUGUGAAUGUCCAUGGACCAAGAACUCGCCCGACCAAACCUAUUCAAAAUCUGAACGAUGGGAAGACUCAACGUUUCAAAAGUAGCUGGAAUCUUGAUUACCAACGAGUAUUUAAUUACUGGGAGGAACGACUUUAUGAAUUUGCUAAAUAUUGAUGCUGGAACUAAGGAACAGUUGGAAAACCGCUUCAACAAUGGAACCAUCACCCCAAAAGAUUAUUUUUGUAGAAUUCUGGAAAUAUGGGAAGGACGACUGGGAAAUGGUGCAACAAUCGAAAAACUGUGUACUUGCUUGGAAGAGGGGGGCUUUAUAGGUGCAAGAGAUUAUUUAAGAAGCCUGGCUCCAGAUAUUCUAGCUGCGCCAACACCUCAAGGGUCGUCCGUGUCUUCAAGGACAACUAUGUUCCUCUCAGAUCCAAAAAUUCGCAAACAAGUUUCAAAAAUUUUGAUGGAAGAUACAGAAAUGUUUACUAAUUGGGGGAAAUUUUGUUCCUCCCUGGAAAUUUCCCCAGUACGAAUCAUGGAAAUGAGGCAGCAACUCCAAACAGGUGUGAUAGCAGGUUCUUACGAUUUGAUGGAAAGAAUAUUAUCAACGUGGGGUUCCCAAAAUGGGUGUGCCGCCAAUGUGGAAAAAUUAUGUGAUAUCUUGAGAAAUGAUAAAUUUGGGACUUCGGAAGAAAAGCUGAUGGUUACAUUUUCAUCGUAACACAAUACAUAUGUAUCGUAUUUCAACCUCCAUUGCAAUAUAUUGUAAUAUAUGCUCAAUUAUGCAGACAGUAAUAAAAAUGUUUUGAUUAAAUUUA